AUGCCUUUCGUAAAUAAGAGCCGAAAAAUAAACUACCGGAGAUUGAUUGAACACGGCUCCAGCUCAUCAUCGGAAUCGGAGGCAGAAGAAAACAAGCCGCAGGAAAAUGUUAUUCUCGACAGUGAUACACUCUCAGCGCGACGAGGGCAAAAGCAAACCAAGCGGCUCACUCGAUCCAGGGUUAAAAACUCGCCAAGAGCCAAGAGUCGCUCAAACGGGCUCAAAAACGAACCCAGCUCCUCCAGCUCAAGAAACCAGCCAAAGAAUCACGCGAAGAGUUCUUCAGACGACGAAGUUCUAGUGCCGAAUAGAACCUGUCCGGUGAAAGGCUGCGACUCGAAGCUCCACAUUUCUGGCAAGGGCGAUAGUCACUUUCUCGUCGAAGCAUGUCCACUGUAUCACAACAUCGUUGGGAAAGCGGAUGAUCCGCAAAAGUUGCGCGAGAGGAUAAAUGCAGACCGCGCGCGCCUGGAGCGCUUCGACGAUCCCAACGAUUAUAAAGAAUUUCUGCACAAGAGAAGGCGCAACGGGCGUGUUCUCGAUCGCAAGCUCGCGCCGCCGGCGAAGAAGCCAAAUAGCAGUAGCUCUGUUCCUGAAAUCGGCCGUGAGCCGCAACUCAAUCGCCUCGGCUGCUCGCAAUUCGAUUUGAAUCUCUUCCGAGAGGCUCAAGCCAAAGCGGCGGAGAAAGAAGAAGUCGACCAGCACUUGGGCGUCGGAAAACUGCAACAGAUUCAGUUCGGCCGGCACGAGUACAGAACUUGGUACCAAGCGCCCUAUCCGUCCAAGUUUCAUAAUUGCUCGAAGCUCUUUAUCUGCCAUUUGUGUCUCGAGCCUUUCAAAUGCGACGCUACUUUGCGGCGACACAUAAGCAAAUGUGAACUGCGCUCGCCCCCAGGAAUCCAGCUCUACGUCGACUCGCCCAACAACGACGACAAUCAAAUUGCUGUUUAUGAGGUCGACGGAACUUAUGCAAAAGCGUACUGUAGGAAUCUUUGCUUGCUGUCGAAGCUCUUUCUCGAUUCUAAGACAAUGUUCUACGAUGUGGAGCCAUUCUGGUUCUACAUUCUGAUCGAGCGCAAACGCGGAGAUGUAUUCACCACCGUCGGUUACUUCUCAAAAGAAAAGAACCCCGCAAUCGACUACAAUCUUUCUUGCAUCAUGGUUCUCCCGGCUUACAUGGGCAAAGGCUACGGCAAAUUUCUAAUUGAUCUGUCGUAUGCACUGAGCCGACAAGACGGGAUCCUUGGUUCUCCGGAACGACCGCUGUCGGAUUUGGGCUUGAUUAGCUACCGUAGUUAUUGGAAAGACGUCAUUGUGAGAUACAUACUGACAUUACAGGAUGAUCAGAAGUUCUCCAUCCGGGAGCUGUCUCUCCAGUCCGGUAUUUUGCAAAACGACUUGGUUUCUACGCUACAAUACAUGCAGAACAUCAAAUACUGGCGAGGAAAGCACAUCAUUCUCUUCUCCCCUUCGAGCAAAGAGCAGUGGAAAUCGCGCCUUUCCCGGCAGGGACUGCGCUGCAAGCCCGAAAUGAUCACCCGCAACGGUCCGAACACUCCCGCCACUGCACCUCCCUCUUCUUCUACGUCCUAA